CGCGCACGCGCCGGGCCCGACAUGGCUGCGCCGCACUACUGGAUGCGCGCCCUCGCAGCAGCCUGGGGCCGCAGGCGCUGCGUCCGCUCCCUGCGGGGCGGGGGUGACCAGACCACCGCCCGAGCUCUCCUCUUUCCUUUAGUAUCCCGGCACAAACGGCGCGCGCGCACGGGAUUCAGGCGCAGCGCGCUUCGUGCCAUGGCGGACUACGUACUGUGGUUGGUAGCUGCUUUGGCACUUGUAUCAGGAGUAAAAUCGCAAGAAGAUGGCUGGAGAGGCCCCCAGAGUUGGUCUGCUAAUGAUUGGGACUCAGGGGACUAUCAAGAACAAGACUUGGAAAAUAGAAUACCGGACACGUAUGGUCUUUCGGGAAGGAUAGACGUGCCAUCGCCGCCGCCGCAGCCGUCGCCACCACCGCCCCGACAGGCCUCAGGGCUUAAUUUCGCAGUGUAUGAUCCGGUUACAAGGCAACGCACCACUGCAGUGGAUCGCAAUUGCACGGCCCCCGGUUGCUGUGUGCCAAAAUGUUUCGCUGAAAAGGGCAACAGAGGUUUCCCAGGCCAGCCGGGUCCAGCAGGUAUCAGAGGCCUUCCUGGUCAUGAGGGUGCAGAGGGUCCUCAGGGGCCUAAAGGUCAAAAGGGUCAGAUGGGGCCACAAGGGCCACGUGGACCCAGAGGUGACAGAGGAAAGCCUGGCGCUCAAGGAUUUACUGGUAUAAUUGGCCAACCAGGUCCUCAAGGUGAACCUGGUAUUCCUGGAAUUCCUGGUAGAGAUGGUUGUAAUGGAACAGAUGGUGUGCCCGGCGAAGUUGGCCCAAAGGGAUAUCAAGGUCCUAGGGGUUAUCCUGGGCCAAGGGGUGACAAAGGUGAUAAAGGUGAAGCAGCUCAUAUGGGUCGUUAUCCAAAAGGUCAAAAAGGUGAACCUGGAACAGAAGGCAUGCAGGGUAGACAAGGCCCAAUGGGACCAUCUGGACCUCCAGGCUUACAGGGUCCUAAAGGAGCCGUAGGGCCAAUGGGUUUUACUGGAGGGAAAGGAGACAAAGGUGCUAAAGGAUCUAAGGGGGAGUCUAUUCGAGGUGAUAAAGGAGAACGCGGUGAUAGGGGUGAUCGGGGUGCAGGUUGUACUUCACCUACUUUACCUGUGGAAAAAGAUAAAGGAAUCGCAGUCAAAGGUACCAAAGGAGAUAUGGGGGAUAAAGGUGACAAAGGAGAACCAGGUCGCAUGGGUGAAAAAGGAGAUACUGGAGCGAUGGGAGAACCGGGUUUAUCGGGCAAUAUCGGGCCUAAAGGAGAAAAGGGUACAAGAGGAAACCCCGGCGAACGGGGUCGAGAUGGAAUGUAUGGAGCACCAGGCCCAAGGGGUGAAAAAGGUGAUAGAGGAGAGGAUGGGAUGCCUGGAUUGCCAGGAUUACAUGGAAGUAAAGGUGAACCAGGAAGAGAUGGGAAACCCGGACCAAGGGGAUUGAAAGGUGUACCUGGUCCUGCUGGAGGUCUGUCGGGAUCGCGGGGACCACCUGGCCCACAGGGACCACGCGGUUAUACCGGUCCACCAGGACCAAAAGGGACUGACGGCAGACCAGGCGAAAGAGGCGAAGCGGGACCCAUGGGACCACCUGGAAGUCAGGGUGAACCUGGUAAUCCAGGUAUUGAAGGGCCAGCUGGGCAAAAAGGUGAAAAGGGAGAAGCCGGUCUUAAUGGUGCACGUGGUGAAACUGGACCUAGAGGCUAUGUUGGUGCCGUGGGCCCACAAGGCCCAAGAGGACCCAAAGGACAGGAUGGACUAUCGAUCCCUGGCGAGAAAGGUGACAGUGGUGUGCCCGGUUAUCCUGGCGAAAAAGGACAAAAGGGGGAGAAAGGUUACACUGGUCUCAGAGGAGUUCCCGGUAACUCUAGUCUGGGAACACCCGGUGCCCCAGGAGAAAUGGGUCCACCCGGCGAUAAGGGUGAACCAGGUAGACCUGGUAUCAAUGGCAUGCCUGGAAAUCCUGGACAAAAAGGAGAUAUCGGUGGAAAAUGUAAUGAAUGUUGGCCGGGAGAAUCUGGCAAAAAAGGUGAUCGAGGUUCUGAUGGGGCACAAGGCGAACGUGGAGAAAGAGGGCCUCAAGGUCCAAUAGGUCUUCCUGGAGAACGAGGAUCAGAUGGAUUGAACGGUUUACCUGGAUCACCUGGUGCACCAGGUGAUCGUGGUGACGACGGACCCAUAGGAUCCCCGGGAGACAAAGGAGAUAGUGCUAUAAUACCAUAUGAUCUAAUUAAAGGUCCAAAGGGGGAAAAGGGAAAUCCUGGUCCUAAAGGUUCACGUGGUCCUCAAGGUGAAAGAGGAAGGGAUGGCCCUAUGGGACGUCCUGGACCUGUGGGAAUGCCUGGACAAAAAGGAGAAAAAGGCGUAAUGGGUCCUCCUGGGAUUGAGGGUAUACCAGGACAGUCUGGCAGAGAUGGGAGACCUGGAGAUAAAGGAAUAUCUAUUAAAGGAGAAAAAGGUACACCAGGGGAUUAUGGAGCGAAAGGAGACAAGGGUACUCCAGGAUUGAAGGGCGUAAAAGGACAACCAGGGCAAUGUGCUGCUAGUUUGACGGAACAAACAAGGGGUGACAGAGGUGAACAAGGAGAACAAGGACCUCAAGGAUUGCCAGGUGAUGUUGGUGAAAAAGGUGACAAGGGUUAUCCAGGAAAAACCGGAGACAAAGGAGAAAGAGGCAUAAUUGGUCAACCAGGGCCAGUUGGACCUCGUGGACUUCCUGGAGUUAGAGGAGAAAAAGGAGAUAUUGGACCGAUUGGUUCUCCGGGAACUCCAGGAUCAACUGGCGCAAGAGGCUUCCCAGGGGUUACAGGGCUUAAAGGCGAUAAAGGAGAAGUUGGACCAUCUAUAGUUGGACCAAAAGGUUCUCCAGGUGAACCUGGUCGUCAGGGCGAGCCAGGUUUUAGAGGAGAACCGGGUAUGCCUGGUGAAGAUGGACCACCAGGUGCUAUAGGUUUGCGUGGAGAAAAAGGAGACGAAGGCCAAAUGGGGCGACCAGGAUUCUCUGGCCCACCUGGAAGUAAAGGAGAACCAGGGCCGGUUGGUCCUCCUGGUGUCCCAGGUAUCCCCGGAGCAUCAGGAAGGGAUGGCUCUAAAGGUCAGCAAGGUUUUCCGGGAGCACCUGGUAAACCUGGACUUAUCGGAUUACCCGGUAAUAAAGGAGAACCUGGAUUACAGGGACCAGAGGGACCUAAAGGUUUCCCCGGCGCACGAGGACGCCCUGGGUUACCAGGUACACCAGGAAUAAACGGUGAGCCGGGACGAAAAGGAGAUAAAGGCGAUAUAGGAUAUAAUGGCAAUCCAGGGGCACCUGGCGCACCAGGUCCAAAAGGCCUUGAUGGUGCACCUGGAAUGAGAGGGGAUCAAGGAUUUCCUGGACGACCAGGUCUACCAGGCCGACCUGGUUUACAAGGACUAAAAGGUGACAUGGGUCUUCCUGGGAUGAUAGGACCUAAAGGUGAGCCAGGACUUGCUUCUGAUAAAGGACAGAAAGGAGAAUUAGGUGAACGUGGUAUCGAAGGGCUACCUGGUUUACCUGGUUUAAACGGUGAUAAAGGUGACAAAGGGAAUGCAGGUAUUCCUGGAAUAGGUUUACCAGGCUUACCUGGAGAAAAGGGAGAUCUUGGUAUGCCAGGAUUGAAUGGAAAUCCUGGUCUUCCAGGGUUGAAAGGUAAUCAGGGACGUCCGGGGAUACAAGGACUUAAAGGUAACACAGGACUGCCUGGCGAAGCAGGACGUCCUGGAAUACCUGGCUUAGAGGGCACGCCUGGAUCACCUGGCGAAAUGGGUUCACCAGGUCUAGAAGGCCAAAAAGGAGACAAAGGUGAAAUGGGUUUUCCUGGUAGAAAUGGUCUCAAUGGAUUAAAAGGAGAGCAGGGUCCAAUAGGUCCAUCGGGUCCCAUCGGACCUAAGGGCUACACUGGGCCUAAAGGAGAACGCGGUUCUCCGGGUUUGUCUGUGGACAUAAAAGGAGAUAAAGGAGAUAUGGGUAUACAAGGUAUAGCUGGAGCUAAAGGAGACAAAGGAGAAAAAGGUUUUAUUGGCCUUCAAGGACCGGAAGGAGAUAAGGGUGAUCAAGGUUUCCCGGGUCCACAGGGACUUCAAGGUGUAAUUGGAAUGAUAGGAGAAAAAGGUGAUAUGGGACCUAUGGGUCCAAUGGGUCAACCUGGAAGAAAAGGUUUCUGUGAAAAGGGUGUACUUGGGACACCUGGAAAACAUGGGCGACCGGGUAUGCCUGGAGCGCCUGGUGAGAAGGGAGACCAAGGUUUGCCAGGUCUUCCUGGACAAACAGGUGCACCAGGGUUGCCUGGCCCGGUAGGACAAAAAGGUCAAAAGGGUGAACUAGGCCGAGAAGGAAUUGCGGGAGUCCCAGGAGAAAGGGGACAGACUGGUGAAAGAGGAUUCCCUGGCGAGAGAGGUUCUAAAGGAGAUAAAGGCAACAAAGGAGCAACAGGAUUUGGUUUCCCAGGACAAAAAGGAGAACCAGGACCGAUUGGACAACCGGGAAUCGACGGACAAAAAGGUGAUAAGGGUGAUCGUGGAUUAAAUGGCAUUCCAGGAAACCCUGGACUACAGGGUCAGAAAGGUGAGACAGGAGCUCGAGGAUUACCAGGUAGAAUGGGUCUACAAGGAGAUAUAGGUUUUAAAGGAGAUAAAGGUGAACCUGCAGUUGUUGUUCAGGGACCAAAGGGAGAUAUGGGCCCACGAGGAAUGCCUGGAUUGAAUGGUCCACCAGGACGAGACGGUCCACCUGGCCCACAAGGCUUCCAAGGAAACUCAGGAAUGAAGGGAGACCGAGGCCCUAUGGGACUACCAGGCCCACAAGGACCAAUGGGAAUGCAAGGAAUCCAAGGUUUCCAAGGUGAAAGGGGUGAGAUAGGUAUGACUGGUCAAAUUGGUGCUAAGGGAGAUGCAGGAGCCCCUUGUGCAAGGACCGAUUAUUUAACAGGGAUAUUAUUGGUCCGACAUAGUCAAAGAGAUUUAGUGCCUCAGUGUGAUUCUGGACACGUGAAAUUAUGGGAUGGAUAUUCCCUGCUUUAUAUAGAUGGAAAUGAGAAAUCACAUAAUCAAGAUCUUGGAUAUGCAGGUUCAUGCGUUAGAAAAUUCAGUACAAUGCCAUUCCUGUUCUGCGAUCUUAAUGAUGUUUGCCACUACUCAAGUCGUAACGAUCGAAGUUACUGGUUGUCUACUGGGGAACCCAUACCCAUGACACCGGUAUCAGGAAACGACAUUGCGAAAUAUAUAUCAAGAUGCGUUGUGUGUGAAGUACCAUCAAAUGUUAUUGCGGUUCACAGUCAGACAUUAGACAUUCCUACUUGUCCGAGCGGUUGGAACGAAUUAUGGAUAGGAUACAGCUUCGUUAUGCAUACUGGAGCAGGUGGCCAAGGAGGAGGACAAGCUCUAGCCAGCCCCGGAUCUUGCUUAGAAGAUUUCCGUGCUAUACCUUUUAUAGAAUGUAACGGAGAAGGCGGCACUUGUCACCACUUUGCCGAUAAACUCAGCUUCUGGCUUACUACCGUUGAGGAUAGCCAGCAGUUUGCUAUGCCGGACAGACAAACAAUUAAAGCAGGGCAUCUAAAAGAACGUGUGUCUCGUUGCACAGUGUGUAUCAAGAAUACUUCUUAGCAAUAUAGAAUUUAAAAUUGGUAUGCAAAUGAUAAUAAUGUGACUGGUUCAUAAUGCGACAUUGCAUAAAUUUAAGUUCAGAGGUCAGAUAUAGUAGAUAGUACAUAAUAUAUAAGAGUGCAUUAGAACGAUCCAAUUAUGUUAUUGGUAGUAACUAAUUUAUCGCUACUUAUCAAACAAAAAAAUGUUGAGUUCCUUAAUAGCAAUGAAUACGCCAAAGCAAUUUAAGAUUAGAACAAAAAAAUGUAUAAUAAACUUCAGAUUACAAGUGUAUUUAUAAAGUAAUUUAAUGAAUCCAGGAUAGUAACGCAUUCAUUAGGCUAUUGUAUUAUUUCAAAUUGUUUAACUUUUCACAAUAAGUAAUCACUAGUCACAUAAUAAAACUCUCAUUUAUUCACAUACUUACAUAUUUUAUAUUUGCAUUUGUGAUAAUGUAGAUUUGCUAAUUGUAUAUACGAGUAUCUAUUUCUAUUAUUACUGUUACAACAAAGUUUUAAAAUACAUAUUCUUAUUUUUCUACAACCCAAAAUUUUAAGCAAAUACAUAAUUUCUUCUUGUAAAAGCCGAGUAAAAUGCGGUCGGAUGUUUAACGGAAAUGUUUAUGUAAGCACUGCCAUUGUAGAUAGAUUAACGCUUAGCAUGCUAAAGAAAUUUUACUUAAUAAAAGAACUUUAAAAGUGUA